AUGCAGAGGCACAGCUGUCAAGACAAGCGGUUUGUAGCUGAAGCAGCUGAAAAAGCAGUGAUUACGAUGACUAUGAGUAUUUCUCCUAAUCUAUUGGUGCAUAAGUUGCAACCUUAUGUUAAACAUAAAAAUCCACGGAUUCGAGCAAAGGCAUCUAUGUGUAUAUCCAGGAGUGUUCAGAGGCUGGGUCUGGAGGGAAUCAGAGACUAUGGCUUAGACACGAUACUCCAAAUAGCUGCCUCACAACUAAGCGAUCAACUUCCUGAAGCACGCGAGGCAGCUCGCACACUUGCUUUGGAGCUUCGAGCUGUAUAUGACAAAUUUGUUUUUAAUCAUGAAGCACAAGAAGUGGCAGAGCCAAUGCCCAAAAAUGAUGCCUGGGAUCAGUUUUGUAAGUCGAAGCUUUCUGCUAGCAAUGCGCUAGCUGUUAUCCGUGUCAAGACUGGUAUUUAUUAA